AUGAUUCCCGAAUUCCCGAUGCCCGAUGAGGCGGAUUUGUUACUGUCAAAGCCGGCAAGGCCACUUUUCUCCGUUUACUCGGCUACCUUGUUACCCAAGUCGUUGACGACACUUCCCAGUUUGGGAUUAACAAUGACCAAAUUGCCAGAAAGCAAAAUUGAUAUCUCUCUGGCUGUCCGACAAGCCAAGUGCUCGCACGAGGCUCAACGCUGUCUUCGUCCAGUUACCCAAACCAAAUCUUCAACAAUGCACUCAAUGGUGAAGAAAAUGUCGCUUUUCUCAACGCAACUAUCAUCAAAGCUUCUAGUC